AUGUCAAUAUCGGCAGUUCCAUACAGGGAAUUCCUUCGUCAGAAAGAAGCUGAGUUCUUUUCUUUGAUUGAUCAAGGAGUCAUUUCCCCAUGGCUGUUCCCGCAUGAUUUUCUCGUGCUGAUCAUUCCCGUUUUGGUGCUGCUGAUACCCAACAAAGGCCAGUCAUGGGUGGUCGUUGUCAGACGGACAGCAUUCGGACUCGUAUGCUCCCUUGCAAUCAAUAACCUGCUGCACACGCGAUGUCUCACCGGUGGAGGCACUGUCAUCGGCUUUUACUACGUCUUUGUAGUUAUCUGGAAUGCCAUAUUCCUCCUCUUCAAGGACAUCCAGAACGAGUGUUCCCGAAUUGAGCGACCGUCAAAUGGGACCCUCUAUUGGCAAGGCUAUCCACACUCGAUAUGCCACCGACUAAGCUGGCUUCUGGAUAUGUUCGGCAGUCUGCGUGGUGCAGGCUGGAACUGGAGGAUUCCUGGUCUACCUCCGCUUCCAAAGAUCAGUUCCAAGGAUGAGCUGACAUCUACGGACGGUAAGGAGUUACCUCAGGAGGCGCCAUCGUCGACUCUUCUUCGGUCCUCUAUCAUGAGGACAGCUCGCUACUACCUGGUGAUGGAUAUCUUGAAAGUCCUCACCAUGGUGGACCCCUAUUUCUGGGGACUCAUCGAUGCCGCUCCUCUCUACCCCCUCGACAAAAUAUACCACUUUUCACCGGCCCUCUUACGGCUCUUCCGCGCAGUCGUAACAGUUGUCUGGAUCCGCACGAGCAUGGCCUUUAUAGCCUCCACGGUGCCUCUCAUCAUCAGUCUGGCUGUCACUGUCUGUCCGGGUCUUGUCAAAUGGAGCCGUGUACCCCUCGACGCACCGUGGUUAUAUCCUCCUCUGUUCAAUAGCUUUUGGGAUUUCAAACCAGUCUUCGACUAUGGUCUGGACGGCUGGUGGGGAAGGCGUUGGCAUCAGGCUUACCGAUAUGCCUUCUCAGAGACAGCGCGUUAUGUUGUCCCCAACUUCGAAAAUAAAGAUAUGACCAGAUUUCUGAGACAUUCCGUCGCGUUUCUAUUGAGUGGACUGGUUCAUUUCUGCGCUGUUCAUUCGCAUUUUGUCGCCCCGGACUCUGUAUAUUUUGGAGCUCUACUCUUUUUUAUGCUUCAGCCGCUGGGGAUGCUCAUCCAGAGAAAAUUACGGGGGAUAUUAUUCUCGGAAGGAAGUACUUUCUGGAGAGCAUUCAACAUCAUCUCGACAUAUGCGUGGUUAUAUCUCGUUAUCGGACCUUUCUGCGAUGAACUGGCUGCCGCUGGGACAUGGUUGUAUGAUGAGGCAUGUCCAAUCAGUAUUAUUCGGGGAUUGGGCUUGAUUGAGGGUGAAGGCUGGUUUGUGGGAACGAGAAGUUAUGUUCGAUUGUGGACGGGAGAGAAGUGGUGGCAGACUGGCAUUCAGAUUCUUUGA